AUGAACAACAACCGCGUCGACCCAUGGAAGAAGCACUAUGUCACGGGCACCCUCCCGCAGCUCAACAACGACAGGCUAUCAUGGCUGGAUCCCAUGUUCCCCUCAAUGGACCCCCUCACGCUGCAGCUCGACCCGCCCAGCACCAACGCGCUCCCGAAGCCGUCGCCGGCCGAGCUCGACGACCUCUUCCUGUCGGAGCGUCUGCAGAAGCACUUCAUGUACGGCCUGACGACGUGGGAGGCCGCGAUUCUGGCCAGCGCCGAGGACUACACGGCGUACGGCGAGAGCGACCACACCACGGCCAACGACCUGCACGUGGACGAGGAUUCGUGGCUGCGCGUGUGGCAGAAGUACCGCUGGAGGAUCGACUUUGUGCAGCAGAAUCACUGGACCGGGAAUGCGGGUAGGAACUGGACGGUGGAUAACCCGUUUCUGUGGAAGGAGCUGUCGAAGUGCAUUCAGCUGGCGGAUAAUAUCUUGCGGGUGUCUGCGACAGAGCCAUGGCUGCGCAUGUUACUAUCCAAAGACGGCCUCGAAUCUGUCAAAGUCGAAGUGCCGUAUGGCUCUAAAAAUUGGGAGCAAAUCUGGCGCGUCAAGAACGACACCUCAUUCAUGACAACCACACAAGCAGUGCUCGACUUCUUCGAGGACCCAGAGUUCUACACGGCCAUUCUAUGGGCUUUCAAAGACCACUCUACCAACUUUGUCGCCUCAGAGAAUGGCUCGGCCGAAGUUGGGACGACCCAUCAGACCUACAAUGCGCAUCGCAGGCUGUCGCCAAUCACCUUGGAUAUCGUGUAUUUGCAGACGAUGCUUGACCCGUCCGCUACAGCGGUGUCAAAGAGGCUGGCCCUGCAUCUUCAGGCUCUUACUAUUGUACACGAACUCAUGCACGCGGUCAACCUAGAAAUUCGAAGCAGACCUAAUCCCGGAUUGAAGCAACCAACGCUCACCUUAGGCGGGCAUGCAAAACAUGAAAUUUUCGGAGCCAGGGAAUAUUACCCCGAGAUGGGCCACUCCUGGGAAGGGUCGGCUCUCGGCGGCUCCCUCUUCGGCAUCGAGUCCCUCGAGACCGGGUCCCAUUACAGGAACUCCAACGCAGCAGGCAUCAUCGCCGGCCUCGCCGUAUGGCCGAACAUCAACAGCCACACCUGGCACGAGACGUACGGCAUCGCCCUCUGCAUCCCCUCGUACCGUACAACCUGGCCAGCCCCGGCCCUAUGGGCCACCUCGUUCCGCUCGGGCGAAUUCUGGAACAGAAUCGUGCCCAAAUACGGGCCCGGCGCCCUCAAGAUGCCCAAGCCUCUUGUCGACGUCACCAUCGAAGACGCUCCGUUCAAAUCCGCCGGCGGCGCCGUGCCAUCGCAGGCGAGGUGGGUGAUGGGCUAUAUCCCGCCUGAGUGGCAUCGCAAGUCGCUGGGCACUCUGGCGCGGCGGCUCACUUCCCGUCGUCGGGCAUACCAGACAAGGAGGCCAUGGUUCCCGGACACGUUCGCGAUGUGGCAGAUGACGCCCUGGAGCUGGACCGACUUCCGCCGCGAGCUGAACAUAGCGCUUACCAUCCACUUCGUCCGCAGGGGCCUCGUCGACCAGUUGGACCUGCAGGGCAUGAUCGCCAGACUCAUCCACCCGCUCGUGAUUGGCGUCAAGUUCCCCGAGGGCAGGGUGAGUAUGCAGAUCCCGCCCGGCUUCGAGCACGUCAACAAGGAAUGUGCCGUGCAGGCGUGGUUCUUCCGCGCGAUCGGCAUCCUCAUGAUCGCCGCUCUGCCCGCGCACGACGGGGAGGUGGUGCCGGAGAGGGAGCCCUCGCAUUACAGCAACCCCAACCCGUGGAAGAUCAAGGCCAGCGUGGCGACAACGCUGAACAGCGCUGAGCGGUCGGACCUGUCGGCGGCGAUGAGGUAUCUGUACAGGAACAGACACAAGUACGACGGCUUCCGGAUGGAUAAGAGGCAUCACGCCCCGGACCCGCCUAAGAACAGGCUGAACCUGCGCCGCGACUUGAUCGAGCUGGCGGUGUGCUGCUGGGAUGCGUUCGAGGCAGUCUGCGAUCUGCCUUUAGGGCUGCGCGGUGCUUUCUUCGCCACUGUGAACGACAUGACUGCGCAGCUGAAGGCGGACGUGGGCAAUGAUUACAGAUCAUGGCUUGACUUCAACUUCCGCAUGCCGGAGUACGCUGGUGUAUGGGAGAAUGGGCGAGCGACUGGGUUGGAAAAGUUCAAGGAGGUGCUCAAAGAUGGAUGGGACGCCAUGAGCCCGGCGUUCGGAGAAGAAGCUGCUUUGCGAUUCAACGGGGAGCCAGUGAAGGACCCCGGCCACAUCGAAAUUGAACCGACCUGGGCCAUCGGAUGCGUGGGUAUCGCGGGUGACGUUGUUCCGGUUGACCAGCGUCCCGGAAAAGGCGACUUCAAAUACUUUACCGCAAGCCAGAUAUACGACCAAGCGAUGAAAGAGGGGACGCCUGUGCUCAUUGCUGAAGAAGGGAUUCACCUGAACAUCUUCCUCGUUUCGGAUGUCAAGGAACUCCUGGGCAACAUCACUGAGGAGCAACUGAACACCAUCACGUCAAAGGAGUUCAACGGCCAACAGCUGAAGCCCGAAGCUGUGAAACUACUAAGACAGGCUGCUCCCAACCUUGUGCCGCUGGGAAGGGCGAUGAGAAUCUGGAGAGAGGACGAGAUCGCCCUGUGCGAUGGGACGAACGGCUACCCCUUUUGCGUCCGGAUCGCGGAUAGCAUUUUUGACCUCACUGAUGUUGAUUACCUGGACAAUGCUGGCCCCGACAAGCGCGUCAAUGUCCUGGAAAUCCUCAGGUCGACGCCGGGUGGCAACCCUUCCCAGAAGCUAUUGCAGGCUGGAGUCUUCCCCCGUAAUGUUAGCGAUCAGAUCUCUCGAUAUCGCAUUGGAUAUGUGAAUUCCAAGGUGCCCAGAGCCACCCACAGGCAUCAUGAGAGGACGUUCACGGAGAAGACGCUGCGUCGCUACGAGCUCGUGGAUUCCAGCAUGUAUGUUGCCAUCCAGGACAAGGUGUACGACAUCACAAACUACGUUAUGCUCCACCCCGGAGGCGAAAGGCUCUUGGUCGAGAACGGGGGAAAAGACAUUACCGAGCUAUUCAACAAAUAUCACCCCAAAUCCAAGGACGAAUUGAUAGAAUCAUUGCAAGCCGUGCACAUUGGCAGGAUGGUUGAGAACCGUUCCGAGACAGUCCUUCUCGACGGACUGCCGUCGCCAGAGGUUGUGCAUCAUGACGAGAUCCUGAUUCGCAAUGAGAUCUACUCAGUGCGAGCUCUCAUCGACUCGGCAGAGAACUACCGCUUGGUCGAAGCACUCAGGCCCUACCUGGGCAAAGACGCCACCCAAGCGCUUGCGGCCGAGGACGACGACGAGGGUCCUCUGACAACGUUUGCGCGUAUGAAGGGCUUCAUCGUGGCAAUGACCGACUGUCAAAAGACCGAGCUUCGCAACAUGUCAAUCCCGGAGCUGAGAGGUUUCGACGGACUGGAGGACCGCCUGGCUUAUGUUGCUGUAGAUGGCUUGAUUUACGAUGUGACAGAUGUGAUUGACUUUGGCCACAAUAAUCGGAACUACGAGAAUUUGCGUAACUACGUGGGUCACAGUAUCCAGAGCGACGACGGCUUGGCCGAUUACGUGAAGAACAACUGCGAGCACCGGCUCUGUGCCAGGUUAGUCGAUUUCAGACACGCAGACAGUGGAGCCGAAAAGUUCAUCUGGAAUGCCAAGAGAUGGCGACCGAUGGAGAACUACCCGCCUCUUUGGGGUUACAGACCCCCGAACCCUCCCUCGCCACCACAACCCGACGAAGUCGCGCCUUACCCAUACUUUCAGAUGUUGGAGGACAAGUACGGCGUGCAGGACUUCUUCGACGGCCCUGACGCCAACACCGCCGGCGAGGUGCUCGAUUCCCUCGUCAACCCAGCCGGUGGCUAUGAGGCGGACUCUGACGACUCGGACUCCGCCCAGACCGUCUACGCGGUGCAAUCGUACCAGCCUGUCAUGGCUUCGCGAUAUGGAAGGAACAGGGGCAAGACGGACGUCAAACGCCGGCUUAAGGAGAAGCACAGGAUUCAGCGGCUGCGUGGGAAGAAGACGCCUGGAAUUAGGCCAAGGCCGGAUGAUGGCAGCGUGGGUGUCGAGGAGAGUGUGUGUUCGAAGCGUAAGGUUCAUUUUGCGAAGGAGGAUGGGCCUGAAAAGAGGCGGAAGAUCUUCGAAUACAGCACUGAAUAG